AUGUCGAAAUAUAAGUCAAAGUAUGCACCCGAAUACAAGCCAACAUAUGCACCAGCAUAUAAGCCAACAUAUGCAACACAAUACAAGCCAACAUAUGCACCACAAUAUAAGCCAUCAUAUGCACCACAAUAUAAGUCAACGUAUGCACCACAAUAUAAGUCAACGUAUGCACCAGAAUAUAAGUCAAAGUAUUCACCACAAUAUAAGUCAACGUAUGCACCAGAAUAUAAGUCAAAGUAUGCACCAGAAUAUAAGUCAAAGUAUGCACCCGAAUACAAGCCAACAUAUGCACCAGCAUAUAAGCCAACAUAUGCAACACAAUACAAGCCAACAUAUGCACCACAAUAUAAGCCAUCAUAUGCACCACAAUAUAAGUCAACGUAUGCACCACAAUAUAAGUCAACGUAUGCACCAGAAGAUAAGUCAAAGUAUUCACCACAAUAUAAGUCAAAGUAUGCACCCGAAUACAAGCCAACAUAUGCACCAGCAUAUAAGCCAACAUAUGCAACACAAUACAAGCCAACAUAUGCACCACAAUAUAAGCCAUCAUAUGCACCACAAUAUAAGUCAACGUAUGCACCACAAUAUAAGUCAACGUAUGCACCAGAAUAUAAGUCAAAGUAUUCACCACAAUAUAAACCAACAUAUGCACCAGAAUAUAAGUCAAAGUAUUAUUAA